AUGUGGCAAACUGUUGUCACCAUCAUUGGCAUUGCCGCGCACUGCGUCUCCGCCCACGGUGGCGCACUGAACUACACUGUCGGGGACACAUGGUAUCCAGGCUACGACCCCUUCGGCGACCAAACGACACAAGACUCCGCACCAUGGAUGGUCCAACGCAAGUGGAUCACCAACAACCCCAUCUUCGAGACCAACAACAUCUCCCUCUCGUGCAACACGCCGGGCACACCUGCGCGCGCAUACAUCCCGAUCACAGCAGGUCAGAAUAUCACCGCGGUCUACGGGUACUGGGUCCACACCGUCGGUCCCAUGAUCGUCUGGCUCGCGUACUGCGCCAACGAAGCCAAUGACUGCCAUGUGUUCGACAGCUCCAUAGCCGACUGGUUCAAGAUCGGCCAAAGAGGGCUGUUGGAAGGUACCAUUGAGGAAGGAACGUGGUUUCAGAAGUCGUUUAGUAUGUGGGAUGGCAGUCCGAGUUUGUGGCCCGAGACUGUUCCGAAGAACUUGAGGCCGGGGAGGUAUCUUGUCCGCCAUGAGAUCAUUAGUUUGCAUAGUUCGAAUAAGCCGCAGUUUUAUCCGGAGUGUGCGCAUUUGGAUAUUAGUGGGAGUGGGCGGGAGUUUCCGGCGGAGGAGUAUAUGGCGAAGAUUCCGGGGGUGUGGAGUAUGGAUCGUGAGUUUGUCGAUGUCUACGGUGGGAGUUAG